AUGGCAAUCCAAGCAAACCACGGCGCCUCAGUCGCUGACAUCAUCGCAAUCGGACCUGAGUCGGAGAGUGUUCAGGCGUGGCGUGAGCGAUGCGGAAUUAAAACCGAAUCUCAGAUCCGCUUGGUGAAGUUGGCUCAUAUGCGCUAUCAGCAUCCCGAUCUAGAGGAAAUUACUAUUUUCCUUCAAGAUUUUGGUAUGACAAUAGCCAAGCAAACAGAUGAUGAGGUUUGGUAUCGGGGGUACGGAGCAGACCCCUACGUGUAUUACGCCAAGAAAGGUCCAAAGCAGUUCCUUGGUGGUGCAUUUGAAGUCGAAUCAUACCGAGAUCUAGAGAGAGCGACGCAGCUACCCACGGCUGGAAAGAUCGAGGAUCUUACUGGUGCCCCUGGUGGAGGAUAUAUGGUCACAUUGACGGACCCUGAAGGGUUUCCGAUGAAUUUACUCUUCGGACAGACACCAGCCACUCCUGGCACAUAUCCCGAGAAGCUUGAACUCAACUAUGAGACUGAAAAGCCACGAGUUCGCAGAUUCCUCCGUUUCCAGCCCGGACCGGCCGCAGUCCAUAAGCUUGGUCAUUACGGUGUAUGCACCACAAACUUCGAAGGCCUUGUCGAGUUCUACACAAAGAACUUCAACAUCGUCCCAACAGACUUCCUGUACAUCGAAAAAGAACAAACCAAGACAAAUGUCGCGCUAUUCGCCCACAUCGAUCGUGGCGACAAGCAUGUCGAUCAUCAUUCCUUCUUUAUGAGUUCAAAUCCGACAAGCCACGUUCACCACUGCUCUUUCGAAGUCCAUGAUUUCGACACGCAGAAACUCGGACAUCAGUGGCUAGCCAAGAAGGAGUACAAGUCUGUCUGGGGAGUCGGUCGGCACAUUCUUGGGUCUCAGAUUUUUGAUUACUGGUGGGAUACAACAGGGAACAUGAUUGAGCAUUAUGCAGAUGGGGACUUGGUAAAUGACCAGACACCUAUUGGUUAUGGUCCUGCUGGCGAUGAGUCUUUGGCUGUUUGGGGCCCUGAAGUUCCAUCUUGGUUUUUGCAGUGA